AUUGUAUUCUUUUUUUUUGUUGUUUUUUUGUCUCUAGUGAGUGAUGGCUGCUUUUUGUUUUAGGUGUUACUUUUUGAUGUUUCGAUUUGACUGAAAAUCGAUUCGAUGAACUGAAAACGAAUUGUCUUUUCAGGUUAAUUUUUUUAGUGGUAUUGUUAAUAAUUUUGAGGAAGUAUAUAGUUUUUUAACGAAAUGUAGUGUCCAAAAUUCUUAAAAUUAGGGUUUUUCAAUUCCAGACCACCUGUACAAGGAUCACUUCCACUAAUGUUUCGCAAAAGGAACUCAGAUUUGAAGAUUAUCAGAGUCUGACUGUUAUUACGAUAAUGAAAAACUGGCUAUGUGUCGGUAUAUGAAAAAAGGCUUAGCAGCAUUAGUUUCUGGUUUGAGAAACCAUCAGAUUCUCAAACAAUGGUAUUAUAGUCGAUCUACGAUCAAUCUAUUUAUUCGUUGAAAGGCCACUAGAUCGUGUGGAUGGAAUUGGAGAUCGUUAAAUCCACUCAUGUUUUCUCAACUUGUGCAGAAUCUUAAAACACAAUACAAAGUCCUCUCUGUUUUUACUGUAAUAUUGUAGAGCAAUGAGCAUGAACUUUUCUGGCAAUUUCCAGAUAUAAGAUACCCAGUUUGUAACAUGAAAUCUCAAGGAACGGGGAGGGGGAUUCGUAUCUUUUAUUGUGAGGGAAAGAAUCGAGUUUCUUUUAUUUUAUACCAUCUUUUUUGGCCGCAAAAUUGACUUCAUCCGUAUCCAGUGUAGGAAUAAUCGCAGAUUUAUAACGAAUUUAUGCUAGAAUCUCCGGUUGAAUUGUUCAGCAUCUACAUUACAAUAUUCUCCAAUAUUUUUAAUUUUAAUGAUAAAUUUCCAAUACUGCAGGACAUAUUUUAAUUUUUUCUAAAGACCCACAAAGCCCUUUCGAUAUUUUGGAUUUUUUUCAUUUCUAUUUUGUUUUCCUUUUCUCUUCGGUGAUUGAGACAUUUUCUCAUUGGAGUUUAUGAAUGGACAAAUUCUGUUAGCCCAUUUGUUUGUCUUCGAGAGAUUUGUAUCUUUAUAAGCGUUUUCUGGCUUUGGUUCUGUCAAUAAAUAAAUUACAGUUCAUUCCUAUCCUUCAUUAUGGGAAUAAAUAAAGGCCUUUCAUAGUGCUUUUAUACAAAUCCUAUUCAUAUCUUAAACCUGAAGUUUCCCGGAAUAUAAGUGAGAAUUUUAUGCUGCACAUCAGAAUUUAACCCUGUUGUUGUUUGUCCAUCUGAUUUGCAUCUUCUCUUUUCUAUUUUGCGUAUAUUUUUCCUGUGGCGUUUCCUUUCUGAAAAACAUAUAAAGAGAACGAAAGUUGAUGUAGUUUUGGAUGGUAGACAGGAUAUUUGAGCAGAAAUCAGCUCUGCUUGCUGUUGUUGUUGGGAUAGCUGGGUUGCAGUUUUGGUCAUUUGUAAAUGAACACUCAGGAGAUAGAUUGCCGAGAACCAGUUAGCCAGAACUAUGAACUGAUCAAUGAUCGUGGCUCUGAAUUUGCUAAUUGUUCUUCCCAAUUAUUUGGAUCCAAACAGUCUUGGCAAUUCGGAACUGGUGCUCAGCCACCAACCAUGGGUGGAGGAUCACAACUGCAAUAUAUUAGGCCUGCUAAAUCAUCCAGCACAAUUAUGAGCCGCUUUGAUUCACCAGCUUCCACUUUUUACGAAACCGAACGCUGCAUGGGAAUUCAACAGUAUGAUAGUCCAGUUGAUAACCCCUCUUUGUGUUCCCAAGUUUCCAGGACUUAUGAUUCGCAGUUCCCUCCGUAUCAAUCUUCCAGGGAAGACUUUUCCAUCGAUUCAGCUCAUCAAGAUGAUUCCAACUUUGAUUUGAGAAACACCUUGCAGGCAAUGGUGAAAUCUCAGUUCUUUUGUAAUCAAUACUUUGAAUCCUCUGGAAACAAAAUUUCAUGCAGCGAUUCACCAGGAUGUAAGCUUCUUCCACAUGAACAAAAUAAGUUGCUUGGUGAUGAUACUAACUAUGGUGGGAGGCACCUUUUGAUUCCUUUUAAAGGAAAUCAGGACGAUAUGGGCAAUUGCAAUUCACAUACUUCCUCACCCCCACAGCUGGGCUGCUCCUCUCAGCAAGGGAAGCAGUUUUCAAGGCUUUCCUCUGAAAAUAUACACAUUACUCCAGGCCAUUCUGCUUCAGCCGGGGCAGUAAUAUCUAGCAAGGCAAGAAUAAGGUGGACUCAAGAUCUUCACGAGAAAUUUGUUGAAUGUGUUAAUCGCCUUGGUGGUGCUGAGAAGGCAACGCCAAAGGCAAUACUAAAGCUGAUGAACUCGGAUGGAUUGACCAUUUUUCAUGUGAAAAGUCAUCUUCAGUACCGAAUUGCAAAAUACAUACCAGACUCAACAGAAGGCUUUUCUAUUGCAGGAAAAUUGGAGAAAAGAAACAGUAUGAGCAAUGUACCCCAGCUCGAUGUUAAAAUUGGCUUGCAGAUCACAGAGGCACUGCAAGUGCAGUUAGAUGUCCAGAGGCGUCUUCAUGAACAAUUAGAGGUUUCAAACCAUUUAUCGAGGGGUUUGCUGGUAUAUGAUCUCCUAGCUACUAAACUUUGCUUGAUGACUUAUCCGGGCCAGGUUCAGCGAAGAUUACAGCUACAAAUUGAAGAACAAGGGAAGCAGCUCAAGAUGAUGUUUGAGCAGCAACAGAAAACAAAUAGUAGCCUCUUCCAGAAUCACAACUUGGAUUCUUCCUCUGCUGAACCAUCAAAUAGUCAAGAGGUUCAGGUUCCCAUUUCUGAAGGUUCUGGAAAUUCUUUAUUCCCAUCCAAGAUAAGCUAGAUCCUCAAAGCAUGACAUAUGAUCUUUUGCUUAUACACCUUCAAGCACUUAAUCAGUCAUGGGUUCCCUGGAAAGCUUUCAUCUUUUGCAUAUUGAAAGCAGUUAAACAGUCAUGAGGUUCCUGCAAAGCUCAUUCAUUCCCUAUAAUAGAAUCAAGACAUACGCAGCAGCCUAAUUAAGAAUAGCAUGCAGUGUAUUUGCAUAAUCCAAACUGUAUAUUUACAGUGUAAAUACAAUGGAGUGCACUCGUGCAUAAUUCCCUUCAGAAAAUAACUGUUGUGUAAACUUCAUGCAUCCCUUGUCCAUCCUUAAACCUAGUGAAAAACAUUCUUGUUGUAAAGCUCAUUUAGAGCUUGUGUUAGCGUAAGAAUAAUGUUGUCUUGUAAUUUGUGUGCUCAUGUUCUUUUGAGUUGGUUGAAAACUUUACUGAGGGAACCCAUAUGAAAUUCGAACUAAACUCUCUAUGGAUUUCUUUUCUUUGAGCUCAUGAGCUCAUAAUGUAGGAAAAUGUUCUGCAAAAUGUUCUUUGGGAACCAUUUAAAUUAUGUCCAGCGGAAGAACUUUCGAAAAAAUUGCUAUUCAUUAAAAUCAUGGGCCUUUUUUCCUCGUAAUUUCUGAAAUAAAAAAAACGUGAAAGAAAUCGAAAAAGAGAGACGUCAUUAUUCAGGAAUCAGAAACAGCAUUUGUGUGUUAAGAGAACAAAUAUUAAGACAGGCCUUGGCUGCUAUUCCUGCAGGAAAUUAUAAAUUUUAGUUUUAUCUUCUCUUAAUGAACAAUGAACAUGGUAGUUUUGAAGCACGAAUUCGAAAAUAUUGAACUGCACGGUGCAUCCCAGCAUCUUUACAGGGUACAUCUUGUUUAUCUUCUCUUCUUGCUGUUUUCCUAACAAACUUACAGUGUGGGGUAUAUGGAAGUUUUCGAAGGGUUAUUGUGCUAAUUACACGAAAUUUUUUGUAUUUAACCCAAAACCUUGAUGAUCUUCCAUAAACACUUAACUUUGAAUAAUGGUUCAUAUGUUUAUUAAGUUAGUAAGCCACGUGUAGAAGCCACGUGUAGAAGAGGUUUAGUUAAGUUAGUGUUAAGUUAGUUAGUUUGUAUAUAAAUAGACUUGAACAGAUUGUAACAGUGACGUAAUUCAUUUUUCAAUACAUUUUUUCUUCCUUGCAUAUUCUGAUAUGGUAUCAGAAGAUGAAAACUCUGCUUCCACAAACCCUAUUUUCUCAAAUCCUAAUCGUACCAGUUCCUUUGUUGAAGAUUUCUCAAAUCCUUAUUUUCUCAAUCAUGGAGAAAGCCCUGGAUCUGUUUUGGUUUCUCAACCUCUUAAUGGUGAGAACUAUUAUACUUGGAGUAGGUCGAUGGUAAUGGCUCUCAAUGCCAAGAACAAGACGGGUUUUAUUGAUGGAACUUUUUCUUGUCCUGCAAAUCGAUCUGAUUCUCUUUAUGUUCAAUGGUUUAGAUGCAACAAUAUGGUUCUUUCUUGGAUUUUAAACUCUCUUACGCAAGAGAUUGCUGCAAGUGUCAUCAGUUCCUCUAUUACUGCAGAGGUUUGGAACAACUUAAACACUAGGUUUAUGCAAGGUAAUGGCCCGAGUCUUUUUCAACUCAAGAAAGAUCUUUCGUCCUUAAUUCAAGAUCAAAGUUCAGUUAGUUUGUAUUACACAAAACUCAAAGCUUUAUGGGAUGAAUUCUCCAAUGUUAAGCCUAUUCCCAGUUGUAUUUGUCAACCAAAUUGUUCGUGUGGAGCUUUGAAGACAGUUAUUGAUCAACAUAAUAAUGAAUAUGUUGUUCAAUUUCUAAUGGGCCUUAAUGAUUCUUUUACACACAUUCGGGGUCAAAUUCUCCUAAUGGAUCCAAUUACAUCCAUUGACAGAGUUCUAUCUCUUACUCUUCAAGAAGAAAAACAAAGGAAAGUUGUUGGAUCUUCAAUCUUGUCUGAAUCUGCUGCUUUGUUUAGCAAGAAUGUGGCCCCUGCAUCGACUUCCUCAACUAAUGUCAAGAAUUAUCAAAAAUUAAGAUCACGAUCAGUUUGCACUCAUUGGACAUACAGUUGAUAGGUGCUAUAAACUACAUGGAUAUCCUCCAGGGUAUCGACAUAAUGCAAAGCCAAGAACACCUUAUGUUAAUCAAGUUUCAGCAUCUUCGAAUGGCUUUGAUGAAACAUCUAAUGGUCCAAACUCCACUCCUCCAUUCCCCUUUACUCAAGAACAAUGUAAUCAACUUCUCUCAUUUCUUCAAAACUCCUCACAACAACCAACAACAAUGAAUGCUGUAGCAAAUCCAUUGAGUCUAUCAGGUAUAGUUAACUCACCUGAUAAUGUUCUCAAAAAGUCAAAUUCUUGGAUAGUUGAUAGUGGUGCUACUGAUCUGAUCAUAUGGUCAGUUCCCUUUCGCAUUUUACUACAACUAUCUCUGUUGCAAAUACUUCAGUAAAAUUGCCUAAUAGUGUCUGUGUUCCAAUAACACACAUUGGAACAGUCAAAUUAUCAGAAUCAUUGAUUCUUGAUAAUGUUUUGUAUGUACCUUCCUUUUCUUUUAACCUCAUAUCAGUCAAAAAGCUUAUUGAAAAUUCAUGUUGUUUUGUUUUUCUUGCUGAUUUCUGUUUCAUACAGGACCAACACUCUUGGAAGACGAUUGGAGUGGCUAAACAAGUGGCUGGGUUAUAUUUGUUUCAAACAUAUGAUAUUCAUUCUGCUGCUAAUUCUAGUAAAAUUUCUGUUGUCAAUUCUACUGUAAAUAGCUCUUCUUUUGAUCUAUGACAUUUUAGGUUAGGUCAUCCUUCCUUAAAAAGGAUCCAAAUAAUUCACAAAUUGUUUCCUGAUGUCACUACUUCUUCCACUUUUGACUGUAAUACUUGUCCAUUGGCAAAACAUAAAAGAUUGCCAUUUAAUACGAGUGAUUCUAUCAGUAAUAAAAUUUUCGAUUUGAUUCA